GACUUAUCAAAAAGUUUUGCAGUAAAGACAGCAGUGAUUCAUCGUCUCUCAUGACAUCCGUGGCCCCCUGUGUUAUGAAAGCCUCCGAUGAGUUGCGGACAAUUGUGACAGGGUGUCUAUCAGGGGACGCAUCUAAUAUGUUGUCUAAGUUAUGCAAUUCCGAGUCCAGAGCUGAGAUGACUAAAUGUAUGGGAACUGGAUUCUCCAAAAUUACCGACCGAUCAGCCAGACAAGCGAUUAAGGGAUCAAUUAAAGAUAUAACCGCAUGUCUCCAAAAUGUCAAUACAGUCGACGAUGAGAUACCGGAGCUCUCAGAGCGCAGCCUAAACUUAAAAAAGAUGAAAAACUCGAAGGCAUCAAAAGAUGUGAAGUGGGAAAAGGGUCACAAAAGGGGGAGGGGUGGGAAUAAACUGCAUAAAACUCGACACAGCAAACACGGUAAACAUGGCACAGGUAUGGGUACCGGUAUGGGCGCCGGUGUGGGCGCCGGCAUGGGUACGGGUUUAGUGUCCAGUUUAUUUGGCGGUAGUGGUGGUGCUAAUCCAAUGAAACCCAUGCAACCAAAUGUACCAGGAACAGUGAUUGACAUCGGUGUAGAUGAGCAUGGCAAUUUUAUACCAACUGGUGUAUCAGGGUCUAAUGCUGGUGGUGUGGUGGUGAAGGACCCAAAUGGAAAUACCAUUCCCUGGAAUGAGUUCACAAAUACUAAUAAUAAUAAUAAUAAGCCUAUUACUGAAAACACAGCAAAUACUGGCAAUACAGGCAAUGCUGUGGACAGCGGAUACGGUAAAGGAUCUGAAGUGACAACCGAUGAUGACUUGGAUGAGGGUAUGGAUGAAUUCGGACGCUUAAUGAAAAGGAAAGGGAAAGGCACCUUUUAU